AUGCCAUGGCUGGAUGUCUACGCACUGGACAAACAGCUCUGCCGCAUCAAGACAGAGCCCGGCUGGACGGGCCGUGAGCUCAAAGAAGCGAUAGAGGAAGCAACCGCCUGGGACUUCCUGGUGUGCACACAGCAGCUGGCCGUGGGCACCACGCUGAUCACCCACGAUGUCCAGCUGGACACAGUGCUGACAGGCGACGCAGAUGCUUCCAUGACGCGGCUUCCGGAGCCUGCCAACAUACAGGCCUUCAGUGGAGACCGGAAAGCACUUGGGAUGGCGAUGCGCCCUUUGGAGAUGUUCCCCAUCGUGGCGAUGGAGCUGCCCAUGCACGAAGUGCUCUUCGAUGCUUCGACGUGGCAGCAGUGGGAUGGGAUGGAGGCUGCGUGCAAAGAAGCCUAUCGGUCUUGCAGAGAGGACGAACCUCCGGAGGUCUUGCCGUCCCACCGGAAGUUGACGGCCGAGAUGCUGUCGAAUCCCGCGUGGUUUCCGUGGGAAUACCUCGUGAAUAUUCCACACUCCGACGUGGCCGCUGUGUUGGCGCUCCAGGCUUCUGCCGAUAUGAUUGGUGAUGGCGGCAGCUGGCUGGCCGCAGUGCUGCUACUGCAGGAUGGUGAGCUACUGGCCACCACUGUCUGCGUGGACGAGGCCUGCCAUGUGAUCCAGUACUCCAGCAUGGUGACUUCGGCCAGUCUGCGGGCAAAGUCUUGGGAGGAACUCCUACGAUUGGAACCCGGCUUUGCAGAGGCCAUGGCUCAGGCGGCGUCUACGCGCUGGGGGAAACCUCCAGGAGAGGAGCCAGAGGAAGCGGAGGCGAUGCAUAAGUGCAUCGGGCCUGUGCGGAUUGCCGGAUGUGAAAUCCCUGGCUGGACAUGCGCCGACUUCCUGUCAAAUUGGAGGGCCGAGAUGGGGGAGGAGAGACCUUUCGAUCCAUGCAUGAACGGACUUGAGGCGUGGCCUGCGAAACCCUUCACCUCUUCUCUGCGAGUGCCGCAUGAAGUUCUUCAGGCCUGUGACAAGGCGAAUGAGUACACGAGACACUGGUACACGUGCGUCAGCGAAGUCCAGCAAGAGUGUGGGGAUCCAAAUCGCCUCGGGAAAGGCAAAGGCGGCAAAGGGGCCAAUCCCCCUUCAGCAUGCCGGCAGCCGUUUGCCACGGCAGUGGCCGAACUGCGCAGCCGGCUUUCAGAACACCCGAAGUUUCAGAACGCCUUGGCGAAGCUGGAAACAUUUAGUGAGCCUGGUUCCACUUCCUACGAUCUUGAGUGCUUGGGAUGUGCGGCAGUGGAGGAUUUCGUGGUGGAGACAGUCUUCGGGCCAAGUCGCGAGGUCAUGUACGACGCCUGGCUUGCCGAGCGAGCCAGGCAAACUGACGCCACCAUGGAGGGCUAA